AUUUCAGCUCCGUGCGGGACUCGUAGAGUAGUCUACGAACACCGUCGCGCGGUGCACACCGAGAUAAAAAAAAAUGUUUCCAACAAAAAAACAUGUAUAAAAAGUGGCCAGCUUUUUGUAUGCCAUUAUUUGUAGUGUGUGUGUGCUUUGGUGCGGAUUCGUAAAUUAAAAAAAUAAAACUGUUCGAAAAUUAAAAUAGCAAUUUAAAAAAUACUGGUCGUCAGUUUUUGCUAUAUUUAAUUUUCAUAAAUAAAUAAAAAAUGAUUUCGUAUGCCGUUUUGUUUUUAUCCUGUUUGUAUGGUGUCAGUGGACAAUGGUCGUACAAUGAUGAAACCCAAUGGGCCGGUAAAUGCAAUAUCGGCCAACAACAGUCGCCCAUCAACAUCAUGACCAGAGACACGGUGCUUGACGUCAGCGGGACCCACAUCCAAGGUCCACUAGUUUUUCGAGGCUACUCCAAUGUCAAAGUCUCCGCAUUCAACAACGGGCACACACUUCGUUGGGACAACGUGGACGGCAACCCCCCGCCGGUGGUGGAGGGCGGCCCACUUCAGGGCAACUAUAGUUUCAUGCAAUUCCAUCUCCACUGGCUUUCUGAACACGCCAUCGACGGCAUCAAAUAUCCAUUGGAGAUACAUAUGGUGCACAUCAAGACUGGACUAACCGUGGAAGAAGCUCUGGCUCGUCCUGAUGGUCUAGCUGUCCUUGGAAUCAUGGCACAGGUGGUAUCCGGAAUCGGUUCCUCGUACGCCCUGGACCAGAUCAUACCUGUGGUUCCCGAGAUCCUGGACCAAUCCCAGCCACACACCGAUCCAUCGCACAUCGACUUGACGAGACUGUUCAGUCCAGAACCGCAAUCCUACUUCACGUACGCGGGGUCGCUCACCACUCCCAACUGUGAGGAAGCUGUCACUUGGAUUGUCAUGGAUAAGCCUAUUAUCAUGUCUGACGAGCAGUUUAAAGUCUUCAGUGAGGUGAACGUCGGGACAAUCACAAACUACCGUCGCCUGCAACCAGUCAACCGCAUCGUGUACCGCUCUAUGGCGUCUUGCGCCAUGACCCUGGCUCCCAGCCUCCUCAGCGCCCUCACAGCCAUCUUCCACUGCAUCUCAGGGAAGAUCUCCUCCAGCAUAGCUAAAGGGAUCUGCUACGUCAUCAAUGUGAAAAGGAAAUUCUUCGGAAAUGCUGUCAAGGAGUGCUCUAAGACCCUGUUGUAAAUUUCCUCUAAAUAUGUUUUGUCAUCAUCAUUUGGAAGUCUAGACUUCUGAAGAGUUUCGUGCGGCUCUGUUAUCAACCGCGCGGUCUACCUGUCUGUGGCCAUCUCAUCUAUCAUUGUAAUUUUCUAAUGCAUUAAAAACUAAAGCUCCAUCAGCAUUGAUAAAGAAACUUGCUAUGAUAUCCAUGUAAAGUGGAAUUCUUUCCCGGACUCGGUGCCGAAAGGUGCUCUAGAUACCUUUGAAGAUUUUCUGUAAAUAGUUAUUUGGUACGGGCAUAUUUUAAGAAGAGAUGAAAAUCACGUCACUCAAAGGGCAUUACAGAUGGAAGUAAAGGGUUCCAGAAAUGGAAGAAAACCUAAGAAGAAAUGGAUGGAGUAUGUCAAGUAUAGUAUGAACAGGAAAGGAGUAUCAAUGGAUAUGGCAAAUGACAGAACGAAAUGGAAGGAACUUACAUACUGUGCCGAACCACAUGAGUGAGAUAAGGUCAAGAAGAAGAAGAAGUUAUUAUUUGAAAAAAAUAUUUAAAAAAUUAUUAUUUGGAAAAGAUUAGCGUGAUUUCAUAAUGCAUGGCAAAACCUCUAAAAGCUUUGCCGAAUAAAUUUGCCAUGUCUUUUUACGAAGAGUGUUUAGAGCUAAAAAUCAAAUAGCAGAUAUUAUUGUAGAUUUUCGUUAAAUAAUUUAUUUUGAUUAUUAUUCUGAAAGUCUUAUACCUAAUAUUUGUAUGUGACUGGAGUAGAUCAUAUCAUCACGAGUAUAUCAGCACAAUAUACAUGAUUAUAAUUUUAGUUCAUAAUUAUACAUAACGGCCCACAGUGACGAAACCUUCACCUAAUACCGUAUGUCUGAGGGAACAGAAAUAAACAGAACCACAAAGAAAACUUGUAAAAAUCAGUACAAAUAUUGGGCCACUCUGAAAAUCAAAUUUUCGAGGGUGAAAGUGCGGUAGAUCAAACUUCGUCUAUCCUCAAAGUUAAAGGAUAAUGAAAAAGAGUUUGAAACUGUCAUUAAAUUCUCAUUAAUAAUAGAAUUGUGAGGUCCUACAAUGUCUUAUCUUAUUAAAUGUGUUUUAAGAAAUAAUAAUAAUAAUAUUGUUUAUCUUAUUUGGUCAAAGACCUUAUCGUAACAUUAUAAAUUUAAUGCAACUGAUAUGUUAAUCCAAAUAAGUUCUCUAAAAAAUUAUCGCAUUUUAAAUUCCAUACAACGGAAAACGUUGUAUAUCUUAAUGUAAGGGGAUUGUAGAUUCAUUAUCCAACAAUAUAAGACUUAAAAGAGAUUAUAGUGCUGAUUGUAUGGUGAAUUUGAAUGAAAAAAAUACGGAUUAGGUAAUUAGAUUACUAUUUUAUCGGACACACGCUAAUUUCGCCAUGUAUUUAAAAGCAAUAUCACUUAUAAUUAUAUCUGUUGUAAAAACGUGAUAAAUUUAUAUUCCAAUUGUAAAACAAUUUUUGCUGUCAUAUUUAUAAUAAGCUUAAUAUAUGACAGUAAUAUUUCUCUUCUUUAUCUGAAUAAUUGAAAAUGUUUCUUUUAUUAUUUUAAUAAAACAUCGAAAAAUAUUAUUUGCUUUCAACAGUUGCUUUCUUCUGAUCAAUAUACCUAUAGUUACAAAUAGGAGCCUAGGUUAUGAAAGUGAGAAAGUGUAAGUAGAUAUAAAGACUCUGACAUCCCCGUAGGGCAAAGAGUUGUUAAGAUAUCAUUACUUCGUUUUUUAGUUAAUUGUACAGAAAGUUAUAGCAUAACUAUUAUAUUCGCACAAUUCUUCGCCAUUUGAUUGCAAUUUUUCUAUACUAAUCUAGGUAAUUAGUAGUUUAAAAACACGCCUUUGGCGGCUAGUCAUAAGUUAAAGUCGUGUCAAAAAAACAUUAUCAUUAUUAUUUAUUUUUAGAAUUAUCAACUUUUUAUCUUUGAUUUGGUGAUAAAAGUUUAUUUUAAAUUAUUAUCAUCAUCUGAUGAUAGACAUCCUGUUAUUAUAAUAUUUGAUUAUUAAAAAAGCGUUUAUUAAUAUUGCGAAUUUAUUAUACGCAUCGACAAAUUUACAUAGCUAUAAAAAAUCUGUUAUAAAUCAAAUUUUGAAAUUCAUUACAUACUUACAUUAGCUAUAUAAGUGUCGGAAAAUAGUGUUUCUUACAAAAAUUAAUAUUUCGUUAUGAAAAUGAACUAAUAUCAAAAGCAUUAGACGUUUUUGAAAUGUACAGUUUAUCAGAAAAUAGUAAUAAAUAAUUAAUUAUCACUUUAUCUUUAUUAUAUUACUCUUUUUUGUCCAUCUGUACUGUGUUUUUUUUUUACUAAAUACUCUAUAAAUUAUUGUUAGUAUACUUAUAGAAAUGUGCAAUAAUAGCGUGUGAAAUUUAAUAAAUUGUAGCUGUAUUUAGAAAUAAUUGUGACAAAUAUUGUAGAAGGGGCUGUGAAAUUAAUUACAUUAGUUACGUUUCGACUUGGGAUUCAAGUCAUUAUAGUGAUUGUUUUGUCCUACCAUUAUUUAAUUAUUAAACUCCUCUAAAUUUA